AUGGCAGCGGAGCAGACGCCGGCGCUCUUCCUUGCCGCAUCGCCGUACGUGCCGGAGGAGACGGUGAGGCAGCUCCGCGAAGCAUUCGGAAAGCGGGCGCGGCUGGCGCCGCCCGUGAAACAGUCGCUCCUGCAUAAUGACCAGAACUUUGUAGAGCGCGAGCUCGCGGUGAGAUGUGGUUGCUUCAUUGGCGACUUCGCGUCGACAUGGUCGGGGACGGUUUACUACAAGCGCAGGACGCUGGGGUUGAAGACGCAUUGGACUAGCGUGUUGUUGGAGAAGAGCAAGACACUGGGCUACUAUGCGGAAGAAGAGCGCAUUCCGCGACCAGAGGAAUUGGAAGCAAAGUUUGCGGUAGCAGGUAUAUAG